CGUUAGAGGGAGUGGUUCUCCCCUACUUUCUGGCCUUGCCGCGCCUGUGACCACAUGCGUUUUCGAUACAUCAUCGUUUCGCUUCGUGGUGCACCUUACCGUUCCCGUGCCAAGUGCGACUGCGCUGCGUGCUCCAUCGCGUAACGAAACCGAGGGCGUCGGCGCUGUAGAUCCGAACGUCUUGGCACGGCAUAAAAACGCAGCAUGUUUGCCCAGGUGCUGACGCGAUGCCUAAUGACAUGUGCCUCGCUCCGAGCUGUGGAGAAGGCGGCCCUGAUGGAACUGCGCAAGAAGACGGGCUACACCUUCUCCAACUGCAAGAAGGCACUCGAGGCCACUGACAAUGACAUGAAAAAGGCAGAGAAGUGGCUCGCCGAUGAAGCCAAGAAGCACGGAUGGGCCAAGUCGGCACAGAUGCAAGGUCGCCAGACCAAGCAGGGUCUCAUAGCCAUCAAUGUGGACGGGCCCUUUGCAGCCUUGGCCGAGGUGAACUGCGAGACGGACUUUGUGGCUCGGACUCCGGAGUUCCAGAAGUUUGUGGAAGAGCUGGUGCGGUCAUGUACCAGUCACGCCAAAAAGUUGCCUUCCCUGGAGACCGCUAUCAUGAAAGUACGACUGGGCACCAAGGAGCUGGAGAAGCUGCGGAUCAAAGAUGGCCACACGGUGGAGGAGGCUCGGGCACUGGCCGUUGGCAAGCUGGGCGAGCAGCUGGCCGUUCGGCGAGCCCUCUGUCUGCGGGGCGAGAAGGGAACCACGCUGCUCGCAGGCUACUGCCACCCGCAGAGCAACAAUGGUGAAUCCAAGAAGUACCCUUGCUUCGGUCGGUACGGUGCCCUGGUGGCGUACCGGGACCUCGGUGACAGUCCACUGAGUGAAGAGGAGAUAGAGAAACUGGGGCGCCACCUGUGCCAGCAAGUGGUAGCGCUGAACCCAAAGUCCAUUGGCUUGCUGGACGACUACCUGUUGUUCGAGAAGGAGGAGGAGAAGAGAAUGAAGGAGAAGGAGGCGAAGCAGGCAGAGGCUGACAAGAAGAAGGAGUCAGAGGAGAAGCCGGAAGUCAGCCAAGCAGCCGAAAACAGCACAGCAGCACCCGAGGAGGAGCAGGAAGAACAGGGCUUAUACCAGCUGCUGGAGGGAGAUGUCCUUGUACGAUGCCGACAGACGGAUGUCCAGUUCGUGAAGGAAGCGCUCGUGACCGCCUCAAAAGUUUUCACACAAACAACUGGCAUCAGUGGCAGCGCUGUCGUGGACCUGUCCAACUUUUUGGGCGACAGCUGCUGCGGCGGAGUGAUCAUCACAUCACGGAACGGACAGAAGAGUGUCAGCAACACCCUUGAGGACAGGCUCGAGCGCAUUUCAUAUUAUGAAAUGCCAUACAUUCAAGCAACCCUCUUCAGAAAGAACCAGGGCUUAUACCAGCUGCUGGAGGGAGAUGUCCUUGUACGAUGCCGACAGACGGAUGUCCGGUUAGUGAAGGAAGCGCUCGUGACCGCCUCAAAAGUUUUCACACAAACAACUGGCAUCAGUGGCAGCGCUGUCAUGGACCUGUCCAACUUUUUGGGCGACAGCUGCUGCGGCGGAGUGAUCAUCACAUCACGGAACGGACAGAAGAGUGUCAGCAACACCCUUGAGGACAGGCUCGAGCGCAUUUCAUAUUAUGAAAUGCCAUACAUUCAAGCAACCCUCUUCAGAAAGAACCAGGGCUUAUACCAGCUGCUGGAGGGAGAUGUCCUUGUACAAUGCCGACAGACGGAUGUCCAGUUCGUGAAGGAAGCGCUCGUGACCGCCUCAAAAGUUUUCUCACAGGCAACUGGCAUCAGUGGCAGCGCUGUCGUGGACCUGUCCAACUUUUUGGGCGACAGCUGCUGCGGCGGAGUGAUCAUCACAUCACGGAACGGACAGAAGAGUGUCAGCAACACCCUUGAGGACAGGCUCGAGCGCAUUUCAUAUUAUGAAAUGCCAUACAUUCAAGCAACCCUCUUCAGAAAGAACCAGGGCUUAUACCAGCUGCUGGAGGGAGAUGUCCUUGUACGAUGCCGACAGACGGAUGUCCAGUUCGUGAAGGAAGCGCUCGUGACCGCCUCAAAAGUUUUCACACAAACAACUGGCAUCAGUGGCAGCGCUGUCGUGGACCUGUCCAACUUUUUGGGCGACAGCUGCUGCGGCGGAGUGAUCAUCACAUCACGGAACGGACAGAAGAGUGUCAGCAACACCCUUGAGGACAGGCUCGAGCGCAUUUCAUAUUAUGAAAUGCCAUACAUUCAAGCAACCCUCUUCAGAAAGAACCAGGACUACAGUCAAGAAGCCUGGCGGACCGCUGCUAUCAACGACCCCAGCUACAACGUCCAGCUCCUGGCUGUCCGGAAGGCCCGUGAGAAGGCGGAGGGGCUCGGCCUCCCCGUCCCGACAUGGGACCAGCCAUGAGUUGGAUGUGUAAAC